GAUAUGUUUUUGUUGCCAAAGCAAAGGGACUCUGUGUUGUGAAAAUGGCGACGUCUCGUCGCUCUUCUCAGCAACAACAGCAGAGUCUACUGUCCCCUCCGAGGAACACGGCUCUUUCACCUAGUCCCCCUGGUAGUCCUCCAGCUCCAGUUGGAGCAGCAGCGACGUCGGCUCUGACUGGAGCCGAACAAGAAAACAGUGAUGAUACUGAGAUCAUUCCGGCCUCCCCCGAUCUCCCAGCUCUGGCCCUAAGUAGCAGCAGCUCCACUACAACAACUAACGGCGGAGGCAGCAGCGGUGGCUCCAGCCCUGACUCUGGAACUGUCAGUCCCGGUGGUAUUGGAGGAGGUUGCGGGACGAGCGGGGCUUUCAGGGAGCUAUUUGAGGCCUGUCGUAAUGGGGAUGUGUCCCGGGUCAAGAGGCUUGUGGACACCGGGAAUGUGAAUGCCAAGGACAUGGCUGGCAGGAAAUCCACCCCGCUUCACUUUGCUGCAGGAUUUGGCAGGAAGGAUGUGGUGGAGCACCUCUUGCAGAAUGGUGCUAAUGUCCACGCAAGGGAUGAUGGCGGGCUGAUCCCACUUCACAAUGCCUGCUCUUUUGGCCACGCCGAAGUGGUGAGUCUGCUGCUGUGUCAAGGGGCAGACCCUAACGCCAGAGAUAACUGGAACUAUACACCUCUCCACGAAGCAGCAAUCAAAGGCAAGAUUGACGUUUGUAUCGUCCUGCUGCAGCAUGGAGCAGAUCCGAACAUUCGCAACACUGACGGCAAGUCUGCCUUGGAUCUGGCUGAUCCCUCUGCUAAAGCUGUCCUCACCGGUGAAUACAAGAAGGACGAACUCCUGGAAGCAGCGAGGAGCGGUAAUGAAGAGAAGCUCAUGGCCUUGCUGACUCCAUUAAACGUGAAUUGCCAUGCAAGCGAUGGAAGAAAGUCAACAUCCCAAAAAAUGCUGUCCACCCCUCUGCAUCUGGCAGCAGGAUAUAACAGAGUGCGAAUCGUUCAGCUCCUUCUGCAGCACGGAGCUGAUGUGCAUGCAAAAGACAAGGGUGGCCUUGUCCCACUUCACAAUGCUUGUUCAUAUGGACAUUAUGAAGUCACAGAAUUACUUCUCAAGCAUGGAGCCUGUGUCAAUGCUAUGGACCUCUGGCAGUUCACUCCUUUGCAUGAAGCUGCUUCCAAGAACCGUGUUGAAGUCUGCUCUCUGCUUCUGAGUCACGGAGCAGACCCUACACUUGUAAACUGCCACGGAAAGAGUGCUAUCGACAUGGCACCAACUCCAGAACUGAAGGAGAGGCUUACUUAUGAAUUCAAAGGCCAUUCUUUACUCCAAGCAGCACGGGAGGCUGAUUUGGCUAAAGUGAAAAAGACUCUUGCUUUGGAGAUUAUCAAUUUUAAACACCCACAGACCCAUGAAACUGCACUACAUUGUGCCAUGGCAUCACCACAUCCUAAACGGAAACAGGUCACGGAACUGCUACUGAGGAAAGGUGCCAACGUUAACGAGAAGAACAAAGACUUCAUGACUCCGUUACAUGUUGCUGCUGAGAGAUCCCAAAACGAUGUUGUGGAAGUACUGCAGAAACAUGGAGCAAAGAUGAAUGCCUUGGAUACCCUGGGGCAGACAGCCCUGCACAGGGCAGCCCUUGCGGGUCAUCUCCAGACCUGCCGCCUCCUCCUGAGUUAUGGAGCUGACCCGGCCAUUAUCUCGCUGCAGGGCUUCACUGCAGCACAGAUGGGCAAUGAAGCUGUGCAACAGAUUCUUAAUGAAAACAUUCCAGUGAGGAACUCUGAUGUUGACUAUCGGCUGCUAGAAGCUGCCAAGGCUGGAGACUUGGACACUGUAAAGCAACUAUGUACCCCGCAGAAUGUGAAUUGCCGGGACCUGGAAGGCCGCCACUCAACCCCGCUGCACUUUGCUGCAGGUUACAACCGAGUGUCUGUGGUGGAGUACCUGCUUCACCAUGGGGCGGACGUCCAUGCCAAAGACAAGGGAGGUUUAGUUCCUUUGCAUAACGCCUGCUCGUACGGACACUAUGAAGUAGCAGAGCUGCUGGUGAGACAUGGGGCUUCAGUCAAUGUUGCAGACCUUUGGAAAUUCACCCCUUUGCAUGAAGCAGCUGCCAAAGGAAAGUAUGAGAUCUGCAAGCUGCUCCUUAAGCAUGGAGCAGACCCCACGAAAAAGAACAGAGAUGGGAACACUCCCUUAGACAUGGUGAAAGAGGGAGAUACAGACAUUCAGGACUUACUGAGAGGUGAUGCCGCUCUGCUUGAUGCUGCCAAAAAAGGAUGCCUGGCUAGGGUCCAGAAACUCUGCAGUCCAGAGAACAUCAACUGCAGAGACACCCAGGGGCGGAACUCCACUCCACUGCACUUAGCAGCUGGGUACAAUAAUCUGGAAGUAGCAGAGUACCUUCUUGAACAUGGUGCAGAUGUCAAUGCCCAGGACAAAGGAGGUCUCAUUCCACUGCACAAUGCAGCCUCAUAUGGGCAUGUGGAUAUUGCCGCCCUUUUAAUAAAAUACAACACCUGCGUAAACGCUACUGACAAAUGGGCCUUCACCCCGCUCCAUGAGGCAGCACAGAAAGGUCGAACCCAGCUCUGUGCCCUGCUCUUAGCCCAUGGGGCAGACCCCACCAUGAAGAACCAAGAAGGACAAACACCUCUGGACCUGGCAACAGCGGAUGAUAUCAGAGCUCUGCUGAUAGACGCUAUGCCACCUGAAGCCCUCCCAACCUGUUUCAAACCCCAAGCAACUGUGGUCAGUGCCUCUGUCAUUUCGCCUGCCUCAACACCAUCCUGCCUUUCGGCUGCCAGUAGCAUCGACAACCUGACGGGACCUCUGGCUGAGCUGGCAGUCAGCGGGGCCUCAAGUGCAGCUGAUGGGGCGACUGGUACAGAGAGGAAAGAAGGAGAAAUGGCAGUACUUGAUAUGAAUAUAAGUCAGUUCCUGAAAAGCCUGGGCCUGGAGCACCUUCGUGAUAUUUUCGAGAGAGAACAGAUUACACUGGACGUGUUGGCAGACAUGGGCCAUGAGGAGCUGAAGGAAAUUGGAAUCAACGCCUAUGGACAUCGCCACAAACUAAUUAAAGGAAUAGAGCGUCUUCUAGGAGGACAGCAAGGUACAAACCCGUAUCUGACUUUCCACUGUGCUGGCCAAGGAACUGUUCUGAUUGACCUGGCACCUGAUGACAAAGAGUUUCAGUCUGUGGAAGAAGAGAUGCAGAGCACUAUCCGGGAACACCGGGAUGGUGGCAAUGCAGGUGGUGUCUUCAGCAAGUAUAACAUACUAAAGAUUCAGAAGGUGGUGAACAAGAAAUUAAGGGAGAGGUAUUCACACCGGCAGAAGGAAAUAGCAGAUGAGAAUCACAAUCACCAUAAUGAGCGCAUGCUCUUCCAUGGUUCUCCAUUUAUAAAUGCAAUCAUUCACAAAGGAUUUGAUGAAAGGCAUGCCUACAUUGGGGGGAUGUUUGGUGCAGGCAUAUAUUUUGCUGAGAAUUCCUCAAAAAGCAAUCAGUAUGUGUAUGGGAUCGGGGGUGGGACUGGGUGCCCAACACAUAAGGACAGGUCCUGUUACAUCUGCCACAGACAAAUGGUGUUCUGUAGAGUAACAUUGGGAAAAUCCUUCCUACAAUUCAGUGCAAUGAAGAUGGCUCACGCACCACCUGGUCACCACUCUGUCAUUGGAAGACCAAGUGUAAAUGGGCUAGCAUAUGCAGAAUAUGUUAUCUACAGAGGUGAACAGGCUUAUCCAGAAUACCUCAUCGCAUACCAGAUUCUGAAGCCAGAGAGUACCCCCCAGGCAACAGAAGGUGCAGAACAAAAGUCCUAGUUUUAGGAGGAAAUGAAACGCAGCAAACCUUUGGAACCACCAUGGGCCUGUCUAUAAUCCAUGCAUAACUUGUGACUGUUACUCAGCUUGAUAAACAUUCUCGGAGCCUGCAGAUUAGCUAGUAAUUAUCUUUUGUAAAAGCAUUAAUGAAAACUACUAUUUUGGUUGUAAACUGCCACAGUUUCGUUAGAGAAAAUGUUUACAAGGGUUGCCUUUAUACAAAUAAACUCUGGCUCAUUUUCAGCCAGGUUCUCUCCUCACUGGCCGUUAACCAACAGAAUUUUGACACCAACUGGGUUUUCCGUGAAAUAAUAUAUAUAUAUAUAUAUAUAUAUAUAUAUAUAUAUAUAUAUAUAUAUAUAUAUAUAUAUAUAUAUAUAUAUAUAUAUCUGUGUGUGUAUGCACACUUCUCUCAUUUUAAAGGAAAAAACAAAAACCUUGAACCUGAAUCUGCCUUAUUCCUCAGCGAAAUGAGUUUGGGGCUUCAGUCAAAACCACCUCAUCUUUUACCCUAGUCUGCAAAUAAGGCCAUGGACCAAAACAAUGACUUGAUUACACUCUGCUCUCUAGAAUUGCUUUCUCCAGGGCAGGACCGAGGUGUUUUGGAAAAGCAUUCUGUAGCUAAUUUAUCCUCUUCUCCUUCCUUGUCCAGUGGAUACAAGGCCUCACUGUCUCCACUCGCUUUGGCUUUUUAUGACUACAUCAUCAAGAAUUGUUAUUUUAAACUUUUGUUUUUGUUUUGUUUUGUACUGACAUCCCACAAAUGACCACAUUUACAUUAAUUUAUUUUCAUGUUUUUUUUUAAUGUUCUUUUUUGUUUCUAUAAUAAUUAUGCUGUAAACAGAAGGACCAUUUACAUAAUUUGCCUAGUAAGGGAACCAAAUAUAGGAUUUAUAUUUUAACAGUGAAUUCAGAACAGUCAUUUUUUUCCUUUUUUUUUAAUGCUACUUUUACUUGGAAAGUGGAGUAAGUAUGGGUGGAGAACUUGAAAUCAAGUGAGAUUAGUUCAGUGGAAAACUCUGAAAAUGAGCCAGGGUAUUCUUGAGGACAUUUUGCUCAUGGACAGAUGCCUAAAACAGAGAUCUUCAAUACCUUUUUCUCAACCAUGAAGUUCAGUUUCUAAGUUUUAAAGGAUUUGCACUUUUAAAGAAGAAAUAUUUAAGUUAUUGUAAGAAUUACAAAUAAUUUCAUGUUACUAAUAAAACAAAUAUAAUUCAUGUACAGGUUGUUUAAAUAAUAAUACCCUGUAAAGCUUUUGAUGUUGUUUACUGAUGCGGUCUGGGUUUUUUUAGUAUUGUAACUGAAAUCAGUUUUGAUUUGCACCUUCCCUUGGAACGCUUCUCAGAUGGGCCAGUAGGUGGAGCUAUUGCAUUUUGAAUUCUAUUGUCGUUUUGAAUAAAACGAUGAAUGCAAAUAAAUAGCACAUGGCGGUAAUGGUCUCUGUAGUGGCAAAGCAUAUUGGACAUGCAAGUCAGACCUGAUUUUGUUUAUAUCAGGUUUGAAGGAUUCAAUGACACAACUUAUUCCUGGUCCAUUUUUCCUCAACCAGUGCAAUCUCAGUUUUUCUGACCUGCUAAUUGUGGUAUGUUUAGUUUGUACUGCAGAGAAAACUUGCAGACCCUCCAAGGCAGCAAAGCUAAAUAAAAACUAAAAGCUCUGGCUUUAUCCUACCCACCCCCCCCCCCCCCCCCCAAUGUGGUGUGCACAUUACACAGUUUAUAGCAUUUCUUAACUCUAAGCUUCUCCUGGUUUUUGUUGGACCCUGCCACUCAACAUUUGAAUGGGAUCUCACUCUUCUGUUUCAUUAACCUGGUUGUAAUUCCAAUGUUAUAUAUAAUCUGAAAUAGUCAUACAUUGACCAGUAACACUCAAACAGGGAUCUGAAGACGACUAACACUCCUCAGCAUUGUAACCGUUAUUGAAACCAGUCUUAAUAAAACACAUAGCAAAA